AUGCAAGCUUGGGCAGAAAAAGGAACCACAGCAACAGAAAGCAGCAGUAGAGGAUAUGGAAGUAGUACCUUACACUUUGAUGAGGCAUUAUCAUUUUUGAGUAAGAGAAAGGAGGUAUACGAAGAAGAAGCUAGUACAAGUAAUGAGUUUAGAACGAGAGAAGAACAGAAAGGCUUUCCUGCGACACCAGCAAACCAUCUACAGCCGUUAUUUGAUGACUAUAGUAAUACUAUUCCGGAGGAUUAUAACUCUUCUAUAUACCAGCAGUUCACUCAACCUGUAACUGCCUAUUCGCGAUGCUAUUUACCAACGUACCAUCAGCAAAGUGUAGCGGAUGGGUCUGAACUACUUUACUUUCUCAACAAGACGGGCUACACAGAUCAUAUAUACGACGAUACGCUAAACGCAGGUUCAAAGGAAUAUCAAAGUUAUCGACAUCAGGUGGAUACACAACAUGCAUUGUCUGAAAGAAGGAAAUUACAGCAUCAGUGGGCUGCGGAGCUAUUAUCAUCCGAAGACAUUGUGGAAUAUUUGUCCAAAGCUGAAUAUACAGAGGAUAUUUAUGGGAUCCCUAUCCUUGGAGAAUUGGUAAGAGAAGCUAAAGAAGAGCUCAAUACCAGUGACAGGAACGACCACGGCAAGUUAGCAGCUGUUGAACGAUUAUCAAUGAUCCGCAAUCAUCUAAUGGCAGAAGCCAACGGUGAUACAAACAUAGCUGCCAAAAACGCCCUGGACAUGAAUGAAAACGAUUGGUCUACUUUUUUCUUAUAA